AUGGAUAUCGAAGCACUCAUCUCACAAACCGAAGCUCUAUCGUGGCAAGACCUUCAGCUUAAAACAACUCCGGAAGCAGCCAAGUCUUCAUCCGAAAAGAUUCUGGUGGGAAGGUUAGUUGCCGAUAGACCCUUGAAUAAAUUUGCCAUACAUUCAUGCAUAAAAGCCUCAUGGAAAUUUGUACAAAACUUUCUGAUUGAAGACAUGGAUGUAAACAAAUUUAUAUUCACCUUUAGAACUCCUCAAGACAAGCUUAGAGUUCUAAAUCAACGCCCUUGGAACUUUAAGGGUCACCUCAUGAUCUUAAAACAAUGGUCACCCGGAGCAACCAUAGAAGAAGUAAGCUUAAAUGAAGCCAUCUUUAACGUCCAGUUGGAUGGACUCCCUCUAGAUCACUUCAAUCUGGAAAAUGCAGUAGACAUUGGGAAAGUGAUAGGAAAACUUAUAAAAGUAGAAGUUGACCCGAUCUAUGGAUUGGCUUUCCGCAAGUUUAUCCGAAUUAAAGUGGCCAUCGAUGUAACGAUUCCUCUGAAGAAAGGCUUCCCACUCAAACGUUUUGGAAACAAAGAAGUUUGGAUUGCCUUUAAGUAUGAAAAGCUAGUUGAUUUCUGCUAUGCAUGUGGUCGACUUGGUCACUCCCAAAUAUUCUGUGGUUUUCCCACUUCAACAUUACAAAAGAUAAGGUUCGGGCCAGCCUUAAGAGCAGAAUACUACUCUCCACAAAACCUCCCCUCAAUGCAAAAUACAGAGGAUGAAGCGGGUAACAUGGAGUCCGAAGAUAUCCUGCCAUCCCAAAACAAUGCGCCAAGUGCCGAACUCGCAAUAGGAAUCUAA